UUGCAGAUGCCUAGUGUUAAAGAUGAAUCUGAAGCUGAAGGAGACGAAAUGUCUCAUGUCAGUAAUGAGUCAAAUUCUUCGUCAGCCUCUGAAAGCAGCGAAGAACAUAGUGAUAGUGAUGAGUCCUCUGAAAUGGAUGAAGAAGAAUGUCAUAAACGAAGGCGUGAGUGUGUAAUGAAUUUAGAGGAUAUAGAAGAACAGUUUCGUCUAUUACGAGACAGGAUAUAUUUUGAAAAAAUAACUCAAGUAGAUAGAAAUUUAGCUGAGUUGAAUAGGGAAGAAUGCAAAGAGUAUUUAAAGCAAGUGCAAAAAUUAAAAGAAAUAAUGCAAACAAAGGAGCAAGUAGCUGAAGUUUUAAAACGAUUUCGAUUACAAAAUGUAAAUAAUUUAUUUGAAUCUGAGGAGUUGGCUGCUGCACAAAAUUUGCAAAGUGAAAAAAGACUUUUAUACGAUGAAAUGUAUGAAGAAUUGCAAGAAAAAAUUCGUAAGCUUGAAGAAGAUAGAAACAGCAGCAACAUUCAUGAUGAUAUGUGGUCGUACAAUAAUGGGCGUAAAAGAAAAAACAGAUCUCAAAGAAGAAAAGCAGUUACAGUUUCUGGACCAUAUAUCGUGUACAUGUUAAAAGAAAAUGAAAUUAUGGAAGACUGGACAGUAAUAAAAAAAAGUCUAACUACUUAUAAACCAGCAGUGCUUUAACAAUGUUUAAUUAUUCAUUUUAAAUUCAAGAAGAUGCAUGCGAAAUUGUUAUACAUUUGAUGAUAGUUAUAAAAAAAAAACUUGCUAAAAAUUCAUGUUCAUGUUCUAUUUCCGCAACAUUUUUCAUGUAGUUAAUCUUGUAAACUUUUUAUGUUACUGUCCUAGAAUACUGAAAUUCUAUUAUUUAAAAAAAUGUAGGUAUAAUACUUGGAGCGGAAGUAAGUAACAGAUAUGAAAUUAUUUUCAAUUCUUUAAUUUUCUUACAACCUUGCAAAAAGCACGCCUUUUGACAACCUACUAGUGAGUUUUUUGUUGUUAAAAGAAAUAUGUUUGUAUUUUAUACAAACUUGUACAUAAAUAGACGUAUGUAUAGUACUGUUUUAUAAAACAGUGAUAUUGUUUACUAUUCAAUUUAUUGUAAAUACUUUCAAUAUACAUAUUUUUUGACUGCUAUCUUUAAGAGUUGAUUCAGACUAUCGUAGACAAAAAAGUGCA